CUGGUGCAAGACCAUGGGUGUUCAAAUGAUUGGACAUUCAACAUUUUAUAACAUCCAGAAGAUAUACUUGCACCCUGUUAUUGAGGAACUGUAUUGUCAAAAAAGAGAUGAACUCUUGGCAAGAGUGUAUUUAGAACAGGAGGAUGGAAAGAGGUUACAUUUGACCGGUGAUGGCCGAUGUGAUACGCCGGGUUUCAGCGCAAAAUACUGCCACUACACGUUUAUGUUGGAUGACACAAAGGAGAUACUCCACACAGAACUGGUUCAGGUUACUGAGGCCACCAGCUCUGUUACCAUGGAACCACUAGGUUUCAAAAGGGGCAUGACUGAGCUGAUGGACCAGGGCCUUGAUGUGGAGGUGAUGGCCACAGACCGCUCCACAUCUAUUCAAAAAAUAAUGAGGGAAGAAUUUCCUAAUGUCCAACAUCAGUUUGACAUCUGGCACACAGCAAAAGGUUUCCGGAAGAAGAUGCAAAGUAAGGGGAAGAAAAAGGCCAAUGAAAUCAUCCAUGCAUGGACCAGGUCUGUCGUAAACCAUAUGUGGUUUGCCUGUGCGACAAGUAUGGGUGACGUCAAUGCAUUGAAAUGCCGGUGGAAGUCCAUUACACACCACGUAUGUAACGUGCAUGAGUGGACAGAUGAAAACGGAGAACAGCAUCGCUGUGACCAUGCUCCUCUAACAACCCAGGAGCAAAAGAAGCGCAUGUGGAUGAAAAAAGAUUCUCUGGCAUUUCAGAACCUGUCAUCGCUGGUCCUUGACAAAAGGCUUCUGAAGGACAUGGACAAGAUGGCACUGUUCAAACAUACAGGCCCACUUGAAGUCUUCCACAGUGCACUUCUAAAAUACCUACCCAAACGCCAGGCAUUCUCAUUUCAGGGAAUGAGGGAGCGAUGUCACCUUGCCAUCCUAGAGCAUAAUGAGAAUAUUGUCAAGAGGAAGCAGGACACAACCAAGACAGGACAACCACGGUUUAAUCAAGUCUACUGUAAGAGAUCCAAACAGUGGGUCUUGAAGAAAGUCUUCACACCACACACCACAGAGUUUAUAGACACACUCAUCAAGAAGGUCAUGGAUAGAAGACGCAACCCAAACAUUCAGUUUACCAUGCCAACCUCCUCACUUGCCCUGCCACAGCCUUCACUGCCACCCAAUAUUGCACCCGUGCCCAAACCACCAAAGGAGGCUGCAAUAAGUUCUUUCCAAAGCCGCUUCUAAGAUGGAGAACCAAAAAUGUCUAUCUUAUUUAUUUUUAACAUGUGCCUUUUGACUAUGGUGGCAGAAUAAUUUUUGUGUGUGAAUAUUAUUAAAACAAAUUUUCUUACACUUCUUGUGUACAUUAAUUUCUAAAAUAUUGACUUGUAGAGGUAGGGUGAAUGGUUACUGUCAAUGAUUUUGCGGUUAUUACUUACUGUACACAAACUACCUGUAUUCUUUCCAUUGAUGGAAUUUAUUUAGGGUUAAAAAAUAUGAGCCUAAUGUAGACUUUCAAAUUAUAAAGAUGAUGCAAGGCAGAACCAUGU